AUAAAAAAAAGUUAUCUCUAGAGUCAGAAAACCUCCGAGGAUGUUACAGAUGUCAAAUUGCGUUCAAAGCUGGCGUGUGCUGUUUAAAAGUUGCAUGUUUGAAUAACUAAGAAGUUCAAUCCUUCAUUUUUAAUAACUAAACAGUUGAAUACCAUUGAAUUCAAUUUACGAGUUUAAAACAGCUGAUAAUCUAAGAUUCAUUUAGGACCAGCCUCAUAUGCUCAAUGUCGUAUUUGGUUAAAUGAAGAAACAAAUCGAAAAAAUGUUACUAGUGAAAUGACAAUUAAUAAUAAAUUGUUUCUAUAUGAAAUUAAUAAAAAUGUAAAAAUCUCAUUAAAACGAUUAAAUGAAGUAUUAGAAUUAAUUAUAGAAAAACAUGAAAUUCUUCGAACAUCAAUUAAAUUUGAUAAAGAAACAAAUGAAUUAAAACAAUAUAUAAAUGAAUCGAACAAGAAAUCAUUUGAAUUAUUGAAAAGUAUUUAUGAAACAAAUGACGAAAUCGAAAGGAUAAUAAAUGAAGAAAAAUAUUCAAAUAAAUUAUUUAACUUAAAUGAAGGACUUGUAUUUCGAUGUCAUAUUAUUUAUUAUAGAGAAAUUGGCGAAAAUGAAUUAAUAAAACCAAAAGAUUUGAUAAUAUUUAACUUCCAUAAAAUCUCAUUUGAUAAUUUGUCAAUUGAAAUAUUUCUUAAUGAUCUUAAUGAAUUUUAUUAUGAAUCAACAACAAAAGAUCAUUGGAAGAAUAAUAUUAAAAAUAUUUUACGUUAUAUUGAUUAUUCAAUAAUUGAAAAGCAAAUAUCAAUGAAUGAAGCAUCAAAAUAUUGGUUAAAUUAUUUUGAAAAUUCAAAUUUAAAUAAAAUUCUAUCAUUUCCAUAUGAUUGA